AUGUAUGUGUGUGUUUAUCUAUCUAUCUAUCUAUCUAUCUAUCUAUCUAUCUAUCUAUCUAUCUAUCUAUCUAUCUAUUUGUUUUUUAAUGGCUCCAUUUGGUUUUUAAUAUCUAUCUAUCUAUCUAUCUAUCUAUCUAUCUAUCUAUCUAUCUAUCUAUCUAAUUCUCUUCCUGUCUAUCUCAUUCUCGCCUUAUCUAUCUAUCUCAUUCUCGCCUUAUCUAUCUAUCUCAUUCUCUCCUUAUCUAUCUCAUUCUUUCCUUUAUCUAUCUUGCCGUUUUAUUACUCCCAACACUAUCUAUCUUUGAUAGGAUCUAUCUAUCUAUCUAUCUAUCUAUCAAUCUUUCAUCUAUCUAUCUCAUUCUCUCCUAUCUAUCUAUCUAUCUAUCUAUCUAUCUAUCUAUCUAUCUAUCUAUCUAAUUCUCUCCAUAUCUAUCUAUCUAGCUACCUAGCUCAUUCUCUCCCUAUUUAUCUAUUUCAUUCUGUUCCUUUCUAUCUGCACGAAAUAUUUUUUUUGCCGCUUUUAUCUUUGGUGUUCCCCUUUUUCUCCAUUUACUUUUCUUCUUCUUCUUCAUCUUCUUUUCUUUUUUCUUUCAUUGUUAUCGACACUCAUUCACUAUCUCUUUAUGUUCAUUGCUUGAUCUUCUCCAUUUUCUUUUAUAUUCAUCUCCUGUUUCUUCUUCUUCUUGCUAUUAAUUUUAUUCUCAUCUUCUUUACCCAUUCUUUUUUCUCUUUUUAUUUCAUCUCUCAUUCUCUGACACUUUAUUUUCACUGCUAUUUUUUCUUCAUUCUUCAUUUUUCCCUAUUCUUUUUUUUUUUUCAUUUUAAUUUCUUAUAUUUUGCUUAUUUUUUCAUUGCUUACAUUUCCUCAUUCUUUUCUUAUUUUCUUCAUUUUUUUUCCUUCGUUUUUUUCUUGUCUUCCUCAUCUUAUUCAUUCUUCUUUUUUAUUCUCCUUUCUCAUUAA